AAACAUAUAUAUAAAUAUAACCGAUGUCGGCUCGGCUUGCUUACUGGUCGUCGUUUUUACGUUUCCGUCUUCUCAUUUUCAAGUAAGCGAGAUUCAGAAGAGCUGUGAGCAGAUAUAUAUAUAUAUACAUGAUAUAUACAGCUAAAAGAGAUUCAAAACGAUUUACAGAUCAAACAGCAAAUCGAACAGCUACAAAAAUUCAAGCAAUAUGUUACCGACGGUUAGCAAAACGCGGUCGUCGAUCUCCACAUCACGUCCUAACGCCAUGUUCCCUCAGUAUCUCCGUCGAAUCGUCAAGCUAUCAGCACACAAAGUAUCACAACCAAACCAAGAACCAAUGGGCACGUGACGACCCCGCUUUUGUUGUAAUCUGCAGCCUUCUUUUGGCAGUUGCAACAGUAGCUUAUUGUGCUGCGUAUGAUCACAGUGCUGCACAUGCUGUUUCUGUAGUUAUUACAGUAUCGCUUUUCCAUUUUUUACUUGCUGGAAUACUCCUGGCAACAUGUUGUUGGUUCCUGACAAAUGCUUAUCUUCGGAAAGAGGCUCCAAAUACUUGCGUGGUUGAACAACGGGUUGAAUGGCUAUAUGCGUUCGAUCUGCAUUGCAAUUCUUUCUUCCCAAUGUUUGUAAUGCUUUACGUAAUACAUUAUUUUCUCUCACCACUUCUUGUUGCCCACGGUUUCAUAUCUGCACUACUAUCAAACCUGCUUUUCAUGGUGGCAGCAUCUUACCAUCACUACCUCAACUUCUUAGGUUAUGACGUACUUCCCUUUUUGAAAAGAACAACAUUUUUCCUCUACCCGAUCGGCAUCGUUAUCAUUCUAUCCCCUAUCUGUAAGUUUCAACAUGCUAUCUUCUUUUUUUAUUCCUUUUUGUCCGUGCUGCAGUGAUUUUAAGCGGAUUCAACCCUUCAAGAUAUUUUAUGAACAUAUACUGUAGCCGAACGUUAUGAUUUUCGAAUCGUUCGGAAUAGCAGGAGUUUUAAAGGUCAGUGACUAGUUUUUGACAUGGGGAAAUUACAUUAGUAGUCACCCACUUUGAUAUUUUUCUUUUUAUUUGUCACCCAACUAUAAGAAGUUAGAAAAUGGUCAUCCAACCAUGAAAAGUUACAAAAUGAGUAUUCAACUAUUCAACUUUGUCUUUUUUUGGUUACCCAACUAUCUUGGAUUUUUCAGUGUUUCCACUUUUAACUUAACCACCAUAAAAGACAAAAUUGAAUAGUUGAGUGACCUUUGUAAUUUUUCAUAGUUAAAUGAUAAAAAAGAAAAAAAAACUAUAAUUGGGUGACUAGUAAUGUUGUUUACCCUUUUAUAUUGCAUUAAUGUUUAGAAGGCUUUAAUAAUUUGCAUACAUAUAAAAAAGAAGAAAAAGUUAACCUCAGGUGAAGAAAACUGCCUUCGAAGCUUUUGUUAAAUGUUCUUUACUUAUCAGUACGAGCAGAAAAUUAGAACCAAAUGAAAUUUAGGUUAGGAAAAUGAUUUUCAGUGAUCAAAUGGAGAUAUAUUUUGUUAUUAAUGUAUAUUGGGUUCCUAAUUCGAAAACGAGUAUGUGUCUUCCAUGGAUACUAAUUUGUUAAAAGAUAUUUCAUGUAUUUUAAAGAUCCUAUAUCUAUGAUUGAAUUGUGUUGGACACGUUUGAUUUUCAUCCUUGUAUCUUAUUAGUAUAAAUUCUUAUGUUAUCCGAAUUCAGAGACGAGUUACGGAUGCAAA